ACUCGCGUACUCUCAUUUCUCCGUGAACAACAACUGGUGACCAGCCGGAGUCUGGAUGAGCUGCAUCUCAAAACUAGAAACUUAAGUUAAAGUCGGGACAGAGCCUGCUGCCUUUGGUAACAGUGCCAAAAACAAUAGUGCGCAAUUACGCAUAAAAAAACAACAACAACAAUGAGUGCCACAGCAGCAAUGGAAGUGAACGUCGAAGCCAGACGGAUUCUGGCGGUGUCGAUAAGCAAGCUGUACGCUUCCAGGAGCCAGAGAGGGGGUCUGAGACUCCACCGGAGCCUCCUGCUCUCCCUGGUCAUGAGGUCCGCCCGGGACAUCUAUCACUCCUCCCGGGAGAACGAGUUGCCGUGUGGCGCGCAGUCGGCACCGGAGGAGCCCAUGGACACCGGCUCCAGCCCGGGGGAACAAACCCGGCUGCCGGAGCCCGAGCCCGAGCCCGCACCCGCACCCCAGCCGACGCUCAACUCGGCCGAGAUGGCACCAGAGGAGCCUGAUGACGCGGAGGACAGCGAAAUCGCCGAGGACAAAGAGAACAUGAGCCCGGCGAGGCAGUCCAGGAAACGCAGGGGCAAGGCGUCGGCGGCGCCUGACUUCCUUCCCAGCAAGAGGGCGAGGCUGGAGCCAGGGGAAGAGAGGUAUGCGGCCGCGCUGGGCAGCUGUCGCGCCGGGGCCGGGGAGUCCCUGACUGCUUUGUCACUAAAUCGGGUUAUACCUGCCUUCUGAACAGAUGGAGGGAGAAAAUAGCCUCCAAUGGGACUUUGCGAGCGGAGUGAUUCUCAACUCCAGUUAACCUAUAAGGGUCUGAUCCCUUUUGCGCACCAAGGAGCUGACCUACAUCAGCAAUCCUGGGACAGAGGGAUUACCGGAGCCAUGGUGCGAGCUCUCCGGUCAAUCUCGGUGCGCCUGCUGGGCUGGUAAAGCCCCCCCGGAGAGAGCAACGAGCAAAGACGAGGAAGAAGAAACAGGCCGAAGAAGGGAGGUACACGCUGGAAAGUUUGAGGAAGAAACUUAAAGAGGAACUGGUUGUGUUGCCUGUUGUUUCCUGGUGAUUCACCUGUGAGCCGAGUCCAAACAAGUGACUGCUGCUGACUCAAAGAGUGUGCACGCGUGAAUCAGCACAGAGUGAGGCCGUGAGUCAGUCAGAGAUGAGGAGUGAAGUGGUGAACGCCGGCCACAGAUGAGCACCCAGACAUGCACACAGCGAAAAUCAGAACUUCAGGGAAUUUCCUGCCUUUGUACCCAGAUAUGAGACUCGAACACUGAAAGGGGGAAGGGUGGCUGAGGCCGCACACACACACACACACACACACAAACAACUGCUGCUGUGGACUUUGAUAAAUCGAUACUACUGCUUGGGGACUGUCCUACAUACUGCAUUCACAUGGUGCUUUGGGAAAAGAGAAAGAAAAAGAGGAACUGUACAGAUGGGGUUUUGGAAGCCCGUUAAACUAACGUUUGUGUUUGAGUGUCAGUGAAAUGGUUGUGAUCACGUCUGACAUGUGAAAUGAUAUUACCUCACGUUUCAAGCUGCUUUCUGAUUUUGAUUUUUACGAUCGAAUCAUCUCUGUACAUAUUUGUAAUAAACACGUUGGAAGUGUAA